CAUUCUCUACUCAUAAUAGUGGUGAUAUUUCACAGAAAGGGGUUAAAAUGGAGCCAAUCCAGUGGCUGUGUGAGCAGCAUCCAUUUCUGAUGUACCAAUGUUUUUCCAUUCCCUUUGCUUUUCUAUUCUACGUCUUGGCUAAACAGGGAUGUCUCUCUUUGACAUACAGGUACCUCUUCUUGGCAUCCGGAGGCUGUAUCCUAGCGGUUGUCACCAUGGGUGUAUACAGCUUGCUUCUGCUCGUCUCCACUGUGAUCUUUGUGCUGCUGGUGUGUUCACUGAGCCCAGAGCGUGUCCAUCCAUGGGUCUUUGGACUGCAGAUGGGUUGGCAAACAUUCUGGCACCUGCUCAUACAAUACAGAGAAUACUACCUCAAAGAGCCCACUGAUUCCAGGCUUCUCCUAUCAGUGUCCUCCUUGAUGCUACUCACCCAGAGAGUCACCUCUGUGUCAAUGGACCUACAGGACGGGGGCAGGGUGACAUUAAUGACCCAAUGCCGGGUCUUUCUCCCACUCAUCAGCUAUGCACUAAACUUCACUGCCUUGCUUGGCGGACCCCUGUCCUCGUUUGACCAAUUUGUAUAUUUUGUAGAGCAGAUAACCAUCAGUCCUCCUCCCCAACCUCUGUCCGUUAUAUCCUACAAGGGCUUUCAGGUGUUAUCUCUGGAGUGGGCUAGGAACUAUCUCACUCGUCUCCUCAAAGACAAUGCCUCCAGUUUGUCCGUCUCCAACAACGUUCUCACCGAUGUCUUGUGGAUGUGGGGCCUUGCUGUGGUGUUGAGGAUCAGAUACUACUCCCACUGGAAGAUCAGUGAGUGUCUGAAUAAUGCUGCUGGGCUUGGGUUCAGGGGGAUGGUCAAGGAGGACAGCCCAAACUGGAGCGGCCUGUCUGACGGAGAUCUUUGGACCACAGAGAUGUCCUGCCAGGUGUCUGAAUUUGCCCGUCGGUGGAAUGGUACGACAGCUACAUGGCUACGUAGGCUGGUUUUCCAAAGAUGCAAAACCGCUCCACUGGUAAUGACGUUUGGGUUUUCCAUCUGGUGGCAUGGCAUACAUCUGGGUCAGUUUGUAGGCUUUCUUGUCUGGGCUGCAGCUGUGAGAGCAGACUACCAGAUACACAAGUACUUGAAGCCAAAGCUCACGUCUACUAGAAGGAGAUUGGUGCGCACCUGUCUGUGUUGGUUAAACACUCAAAUGGUCAUGGCGUGUGUUGUUAUUGCAAUCGAGCUUCGAAGCACUUCCUCUUUGAGAAUAUUGGGUCUGACAUACACUGCCGUUUUUCCUCUUCUUAAUGUUCUAUGUAUCUUCAUUGUAUGAUAAGAUCAAGAGUAAUCAUCAUCUGGGUUUUUAAAUGUUGCUGUAAAAUCAAUUAGUUGACGUUAUUCAUAGUCAUUGACACAAAGCACACUUCUAUUCUUGCUUGUUUUGGAGGACUGAAGGGGAAGGUAUCGUUUUCUGGGAGAGUGCAACCAUCUGAUUAUUUUUGAGCAAUUGUUAUCUUAUUUACAGAACAGUAUACCUUGUUGAAUGCAUCCACCAGCUG